AUGGCUUCGAAUGCCACAAUCAAGGCCAUUGAGUCCAGCGCUGUGCACCAGAUCCAGUCGGGCCAGGUCAUCGUUGACCUCUGCUCCGUGGCAAAAGAGCUCGUCGAAAACAGCGUCGAUGCCGGAGCAACCGCAAUCGAAGUUCGCUUCAAGAAUCAGGGCCUCGACUCGAUCGAAGUGCAAGACAACGGCUCUGGGAUUGCACCCCACAACUACGAGUCCAUUGCCUUGAAACACUACACAUCCAAGCUCUCCAGCUACGAUGACCUCUCGACGCUGCAUACCUUUGGCUUCAGAGGCGAGGCCUUGUCGUCGCUCUGUGCCCUGUCGCGCUUCUCGGUUGUGACUUGCACCCAAGCCGAGGUGCCACGAGCAACACGGAUCGAGUUCGAGACGUCUGGGAGACUUAAGAGCACCAGCGUUGUCUCAGGACAGAGAGGCACGACCGUCAUCGUCGAGGACCUGUUCCGCAAUCUGCCCGUCCGCCGUCGCGAGCUUGAGCGAAACAUCAAGCGAGAAUGGGGCAAAGUGAUUAGUUUGCUCGGCCAGUAUGCAUGUGUGCAGACGGGCGUCAAGUUCACCGUCUCGCAGCAGCCCACCAAGGGCAAGCGGAUGAUUAUGUUCUCGACCAGGGGAAACCCGACGACGCGCGAGAACAUUAUCAAUGUGUUUGGUGUAAAAACCAUGAACGCAUUGAUCACCAUGGACCUCAAACUGGAAUUGAUACCCUCCACCGGACCUCUUAAUAAGGGGAAGGCACGGGCAGACGGCAGUGCUGCCGAGGUUCGCAUCCUCGGACACAUAUCCCGACCAGCUCACGGUGAGGGCCGGCAGACUCCAGACAGACAAAUGUUCUACGUCAAUGGGAGGCCCUGUGCCCUGCCUCAGUUUGCCAAGGUAUUCAACGAGGUGUAUCGAUCUUACAAUGCUUCCCAGUCUCCGUUCAUCUUUGCCGACAUCCAGCUCGACACACAUCUCUACGAUGUCAACGUCAGCCCGGACAAGCGAACGAUUUUACUGCAUGACCAGGGACAGAUGCUUGAUAACCUGAGGGACGCUUUGAUUGAACUCUUUGAAACUCAGGAUGUAACAAUCCCAAUGUCCCACACUCAAGUCCCGAAGCAACCUCCGUCCAAGUCGCCCGUAGCCACCCAUUCAGAUACGCCCAUCUCGGUCAAGGCCAAGGGUAGCAGGAUUGACGCUGUGGAGACACAGCACAACCCCGAAAGGAGCGACGGUGAAAGUGGCCUUGAUGUUGCCAGCGAGCAUCAAGAAGACCAUGAGAUGCCAAGUACUAAGAGGAAAGCGCAAACCGGUAGAGCUAGCUUGGCACCGUCAAGGGCCCAAACUUCUACAUUAUUAUCCCGUUGGAUUCGGAGGGACACGGAUGCUAGUACCUCUCCCAAGACCGAGAGCUCUAACAUACAGAAAUCAACAGAGACUACCUCAGCAUUGGAGUUGCCAGCUAUUUCGGCGUCUGAAGGGAAGGACAGUUCGCAAGAAGAUAAUGUGAUCGAAGAGCAAGAAUCCUCGAAAGAGGAUGAGGACGCAGACGAACACGACAAGCCGGGAAUCCGUGCGGAGGACCUUGGUACGCGGUUUUCAAAAGCGCAGACCGAAACAGAAGAGGUCCCGGAGGACACAGAGACUGGGCAUAUUAGCUACAGCAUGCCGGUAGAAACGGAUGAACCUGAGCCCCCGGUUCAAGCCAUUGUUCCCCCAUCCCAACCGCCAGCGCCGCGGUCCAUCAUCCCAGGUACUACCCGGCCUUUCAAACGCUCUAGCCAAGAGGUAGCGACCAUCACCAUUGGCGAUCACACGGUUACAAGUAUCAUUGGAACCGCCAGCAAGCGGCCAAGAGUGGGUGAGGCAUCCAACACUGCCAAACCGAAGGUGGCCGGCAGAGCAGGGCAGCAAAAUGCACCUUUGCCAUCUUUUGGCGGACGCCUCUCUCAGCUUUUCUCGGCGUCGGCGCGUCCUGAGGAAGGGCAUGCAGAGAGCAUUACCCUGACAGCUAGGGAUGCUGGGACGGAGGAUAUAGAGUCGAUCGCAGAGGAAGAUGAUGCAGACGAGGAUGCCAUGUUUGUAUCUCCGGCGGAUGAUGGAGGGGUCGGUCAUGACGAGGAGGAUGGUGACGAUGGAGGUAGUGAGGAUGAGGAUUUUGACGGGGACCGAAAUUCUGGAACCCAACUACCGACUGCAAGACUGUCCGAGGUUCCAGAAGCCGCGAGCGAAGUUGAUAGCCCCUUAGAGCCGACCGAGCUCUCUCCAUCCUACCAGGGGGACAGCCUUGAAGAUGAUGAGACAUACCUUGAUGAGGAUGAAAAGAAAGCCCAGGAAGACGAAAAGGUUCAGGGAAUGAUAGACGCAGCCGAGGCGGCUGCGAGGGAACUGACGGAAGAAGGCGAAAAGCGCUCAAAACUGUUCCUCAAGGGGCGAUCAAAGCGAAAAGAAAUGACUCUCAAUCUCAUGCAGCAAGUCUCGACGAGCCGAGAUGAAAUACAGCAGCGGAUUGCUGCGCUCGAAGAUUCGCUGCCACGAGGGCAGUCCAAGACUCCGAUAGACAGGGACUCUGACGACCUGGAAGCAGUCGAUGCCGAAGAGAAGCUCUCCCUGAAGAUCUCCAAAUCGGACUUUGCGAAGAUGAGAAUUGUUGGCCAAUUCAACCUGGGCUUCAUCCUCGCCGUCCGCGAGGCCGCAGUCUCCACGUCACAAGCCGCUGCGGCUGAUGGCAACGUCGGCGAUGACGACGACGAGCUCUUCAUAAUCGAUCAACACGCAUCUGACGAAAAGUAUAAUUUUGAACGUCUCCAGGCGACGACAACAGUCCAAUCCCAGCGUCUUGUGCAGCCCAAAACACUAGAGCUGACAGCCCUUGAGGAAGAAAUCCUGCUCGAACACUUGCCCGCCCUGGAGCGCAACGGCUUCCUGGUCCGCGUCGACACGUCGGGCGCCCAGCCCGUCGGAUCCCGGUGCCAGCUGCUGAGCUUGCCGCUGAGCAGGGAGACCACUUUCUCCCUGUCGGACCUGGAGGAGCUCAUCUUUUUGCUCGCUGAAAACCCGACGUCGAGCGCGACCACGAUCCCGCGGCCGUCCAAAGUGCGCAAGAUGUUCGCCAUGCGCGCGUGCAGGAGCAGCAUCAUGAUUGGCAAGGCGCUCUCGCGGCGGCAGAUGGAGAAGGUGGUGCGCCACAUGGGGGAGAUGGAGAAGCCGUGGAAUUGUCCGCACGGCAGGCCGACCAUGAGGCACCUCUGCGGCCUGGGCGGGGUUUGGGGGGACAGGCUGUGGACGGAGGGUGAGCAUCGAGAGGAGGGGGUGGACUGGGCUGCGUGGGUUCAGGAGAAGAGAGGGGGUGAUUAG